UUUUUUUUCUGUUCAUUUAAAUCUGGCAACUUCAAAUUUUAGUCUUUUAUUCAUUUGAUUUUAUUCAGUUUGAUCGAUCACGGUUUUAAUCAUAAGAAUGUCAAAAAAUAACAUGGCUAUUUUAUCAGAAUCGGUUCCAAAUGGUAAAAUAAUCGAACAUCUUAAUGCUGAACAAAUGGAUCGAUUAUUUAUGGAAAAAUUUGGAUCAAGAAUAAAUUCAAAUGGUGAGAUUCGUUUGCCUGAUCCAUCGGUGGCUGGUGUGUAUGAAGUACAAGUGUUAAUGCCAUCGAAUGAAUCCAUUUUGUAUUCUGUUGAUUUGCGUCGUGGCCGCUUAGUUCGUGGAAAGCCACCAUCCGAAGAUUGUGAUUGUCGUGUUCAGAUAUCAGCUUAUGAUUUAUUGAGUAUGUUGAAUGGUCAACUAGAUUUUGCUCAAGGAUUUCUUCAAAGGAAAUUACGUAUCGCACACGGUAAUCAGGCUUCGGCAUUCAAAUUCUUGCAUUUACUCAUUGAUAUUGCCUCAUCAACAUCUACUGAAGAUAGUAGUAAAAAUUUAAAAUCUAAUGAAAAUGAUAAGAUUUCCAUAGUGCCCACUGAUGGUCUCAAAUCGGAUGUUAUAUUCACAAUAAUUCAACGACGUUUGAGUAGCGAGCCAGAAUUGGUCAAACAAAUGCCGUUCAUUAUAGAGAUAAAUCUAACCCAAAAUGGUCGUCCAAUAGCUACAUGGACAUUGGAUACAAAAACAGAAGGAGGUCGAAUUUAUCGUUAUCAAUCAAAAAAUGAUGAUUCAACCAAUACCAACAACCGGAUUAAGCCAGACGCUGCCAUCACAAUCGAUGAUAAUGAUCUUGUUGCCAUAAUGUUGGGUAAUAUGAAUCCACAACGAGUGUUUAUCUCUGGUCGAAUGAAAAUUAGGGGAAACAUAAUGCUGCUUCAAAGGUUAAAUCAAUUUUGGACAAAAAUUCAGAACACCCGACGUGGUCCAGACUUUCCAUUUGUCAAGAAAUUGUUAACAGAUAAUAAAUUCGAGACAGGUCUUGGAAGUGAAAUGGUAUUUUUCGAUUGGAUCGCUCGAUUGGUUCAGCCGCCUUUCCAAUUGGUCGACUGUACUAUACAUUUGAUCAUCACCGCUAAAAGAGAAAAACAAAUCGAAUGGGUUAUAUUGUAUGAUUCAAAUAAUCAAUUAUCAUCGAUCCAGCGACGACGAAUAGUCGGUGUCGAGAACUAUGGCAAUCAUAAUGAUCAUUCUCGAUCGAUAACAUUGGAAAUGGAUGAUCAGGAAUUUUGUCGUCUGGUUCAUUCUUCGGAUCAAAACUUGAUGCAGGCUAUCGACCAACGUCGUGUCCAUGUCACAGGCGACGAUCAACUAUUAUCCGACGUGUCUAAGUUAUUUGAUCAAAUAGCCGAUAACGAUCAGACCCCUGUAGUUAGUUUGAAGGCCAAACUUUAAAAUCAACUAACAAUUGUUUGAUUACUUAUAUUGGGUUUUAUUUUAGAAAUUGUAAAGAGUUAAACUGGUGGUAUCUGUAUGUUCUUGGUAAUAAAAUGUCUUUGUAAAA